AUGCUCCGUUGCACCUCUGCUUUGGCGCUCAGGUGCUGCGCUGUGGCACGCUGCACGGCGGUGCCAACCCCAACCCCCGUGACGCUUCUCUCGGAAGGCGAGCAGAUGCUCGUGGAGACCGUGCGUCAGUUCGCGGGGCGCGUCAUAAAGCCACGCGCCCGCACGAUGGACGAGACAGGUGUAAUGGACAAGGCGUUCAUCAAGGAGCUCUUUGGGGCGGGGCUCAUGGGCAUCGAGACUCCUGCGGAGCACGGGGGCGGGGAUAUGUCGUUUUUUUCGAGCAUUUUGGCCAUCGAAGAAAUUGCACGCGUGGACCCGUCGGUGUCAGUAUGCGUGGAUGUGCACAACACGCUUGUGAAUAAUGUUUUUUUUCGGUUUGCGAGUCGCGAGCAACAGGCGCGGUUUCUGCCAGAUCUGGCAUCCUCAUGUAUGGGGUGCUUUUGCCUCACCGAGGCGGAGAGUGGCAGUGACGCUUUUGCUCUCAAGGCCCGUGCAGUAAAGAAAGGGGACCGCUGGGUGAUCAAUGGGACAAAGAUGUACAUUACAAAUGGUGGCCAUGCGGAUAUUUUCCUUGUCAUGGCCAACGUGGAUCCUUCCAAGGGGUACAAGGGGAUCACCUGUUUUGUGGUGGACAAGAGAAAGUCGCCAGGGGUACACGUUGGCCCUCCCUUGAACAAGCUGGGCAUUCGCGCCAGCUCUACGGUUGAGAUUAACUUCGAGAAUUGUGAAGUGCCGGAGGAGAACGUUAUUGGGGAGGUUGGCAAGGGCUACAAGAUUGCCAUUGGAACCCUAAACGAAGGUCGUAUAGGAAUAGGCGCACAAAUGGUCGGCAUCGCGCAGGGUGCGAUGGAUCUUGUCAUGCCAUACUUGUUCCAGCGAAAGCAGUUUAACACGCACCUCGGCGAUUUUCAGGCGCUGCAGAUGCAGUACGCGCAGUGUGCCACCAACACCUGGGCGGCGCGUCUUAUGGUGUACAACGCGGCACGAAAAAAGUUGAGAGGUGAGGACUUUGUGAAGGAUGCCGCCAUGGCAAAGCUCUUCGCCUCCCAAGUGGCUGAAGAAACGGCCAGCAAGGCGGUUGAGUGGGCUGGUGGCAUUGGCUUUACGCGGGACUUUGGCGUUGAGCGCUUCUACCGUGACGCCAAGGUUGGCGCCAUCUACGAGGGAACCUCCAUCAUUCAGCUGCAGACCAUCGCCAAGGCGAUCAAAAAGGAAUAUGAGUAA